CCAACAUGGCUGCGCGGGGCCAUGUGCAGGACCCAAACGACAGGAGACUCAGACCUAUUUACGAUUACCUUGACAAUGGCAAUAACAAGAUGGCAAUCCAGCAGGCCGACAAGUUGCUCAAGAAGCACAAGGAUCUUCAUUGUGCCAAGGUCCUGAAGGCCAUUGGUCUGCAGCGCACUGGCAAGCAGGAUGAGGCCUUCCUGUUGGCACAGGAAGUGGCCACGCUGGAGCCCACCGAUGACAACUCACUUCAAGCACUCACCAUACUGUACAGAGAGAUGCACCGGCCUGAGUUAGUGACAAAGCUCUAUGAGGCAGCAGUGAGAAAGGUACCGAGCAGUGAAGAGUACCACUCUCACCUCUUCAUGGCCUACGCUCGCGUUGGGGAGUACAAGAAGAUGCAGCAGGCUGGAAUGGCACUUUAUAAGAUUGUUCCCAAAAACCCAUAUUACUUCUGGUCUGUUAUGAGCUUAGUGAUGCAGGCCAUCUCGGCGCAGGACGAGAAGCUGUCCCAGACGAUGUUCCUGCCCCUGGCUGAGCGCAUGGUGGAGAAGAUGGUGAAGGAGGAGAAGAUCGAGGCAGAAGCGGAGGUACAGUUGUACUUCAUGAUCCUGGAGCGCCUGGGGAAGUACGUUGAGGCGCUGGAGGUGGUGCGAGGGCCACUGGGAGAGAAACUGACCAGUGAACUGCAGAGCCGGGAGAACAAGUGCAUGGUGCUUUACCGGCGCUUGGAACGCUGGCCAGAGUGCAAUGCCCUGUCCCGCAAGCUGCUACUCAAGAACCCGGAUGACUGGCAGUUCUACAUGUCCUAUUUCGACUCCCUCUUUCACCUCAUCGACCUGGCCUGGACCCCGCCCGCAGAAGGAGAGCACUGCGUGGAGGGAGACGUUCAGAGUUCUGUGGCUCAGGCCAUCAGCUUUGUAGAGGAGCGUUUGGCUGUGGAAGAGGGAAAGGAGUCCCGGCCACUGCGGGGACCUUACCUAGCCCGACUGGAGCUGAUUCGCCGGUUAAGAGGGAGGGGCUGCCCAGAGGAGCUCCAGCUAGGAGAGCCCCUGGAGCUCAUGUUCCAGUACUUUGUGAAGUUUGGGGAGAAACCCUGCUGCAUCACGGACCUAAAGAUCUUCCUGGACCUCCUGAUGCCAGAUCAGCACGUGCAGUUUAUCAACAAGCUGAUGGAGGCCGUGCCGCUCGCCGUGUCGGAGGAGGACGGGGUGGCCCUGCCGGGGGACACGCGGGCGCUGCAGAGGCACCUGUGCGUGGCGCAGCUGAGCCGCUCCCUGGGCCUGCAGCACGCCCUGGACCCCGCCGGCAAGCUGGACCUCAUCCGACAGCUCAAGGUCCACUACCGCCACGGCCUGCAGUUUGGAAAGUCAUGUCUGAAGACAGAGCUGCAGUUCUCCGAUAUGUACUGCCUCAUGGCUGCCCACGUCUAUAUUGACCUUUGGAGGGAAACUGGGGACGAGGGCAUGCUGUGGCAGUGCCUGGGCCUGCUGGAGGAAGGCCUGACUCACAGCUCCUCCAACGCCCAGUUCAAGCUGCUCCUCAUCCUCCUCUUCUGUCGCCUGGGGGCCUUCGAACCCGUGGUGGACCUGUACUCCAGCCUGGACGCCAAGCAUGUGCAGCACGACACCAUCGGGUACCUGUUGACCCGCUAUGCAGAGUCCUUUGGCCACUUCGCAGCUGCCUCCCAGUCAUGUAAUUUCUCUCUCAGGUUUUUCCACUCGAACCAGAAAGAUACCUCAGAAUAUAUCAUUCAAGCUUAUAAGUAUGGUGCAUUUGAGAAAAUCCCGGAGUUCAUCGCCUUCAGGAGCCGGCUGAAUCGCUCGCUGCACUUCGCCCAGGUGCGCACGGAGCGGAUGCUGCUGGACCUCCUCAUGGAAGCGGACAUAUCGUCCAGCCUCGAGGACAAUGUGAAGUCCAUGGGCCUGUGUCCUGAGGAGGACGACAUCCCCUGGGCGGACAUGAGGGACAACCGGGACCUUACUGUGCUCACCAGCUGGGACCCCAAGGACAGGCAGCUCUCAGAGGAGCACAGGAGACAGUCCUUGGAGGAGGAGUCUGCGUGGCUGAAGGUGCGGUCCCUCACGCUGCGCCUGAUUGGCUCCCUGGCCUUACUGGGCCACUCCCCUGCACCCCGCAACUCGGAGAAGACGGCUGAGAAUGGCGUGGCAGUGAAACCAGACACACUGCGCCCCCUGCUGGCCCAGCUGGAUACUGCACUGCACAACGCAGCCCAGUUCACAGAAAAGGGCAUCCAGUACCCACUACUUGGCCCGCCCUCCACUCGUCUGGUGCCCGCCCUGGCCAGCGGAAGCUGCCAGUGCCAGGCCACUGCCUUCCAAUUAGCUGCCCACCUGCAGGAGCUGGAUGCAACGGGCCUGGAAGAUGCAUCAGAGGUCCAAACGCAAAUAGAGAAUAGUUUCAAAUCUUUAAUAGCGCAGCUACAAGAGAUGUUUAAUAAAUGCAAAGGCGAUCUGUUGGAGGUGAAUGACAGUCAGUGUAAGACCCAGCCAUCACUAUUAGAAAACCUAGUCUUCUUUGUUGAGACCGUCUGUGUGGUCCUGUGGGUGUCUAGUUACUGUGGUAACGUCCUUCGGCCGCUAAAGUCCAGCUUACAGAAGAAGAAGAAGAAGAAAAAGGAGACCAAUACAGCCACGCCCGCAGUGUUCAGUGUGUACCAGGAGUACAUGGGCAGUCUGCAGGCGUUAAUCACCCAGGUCGUGGACCACAUCAAGGGACUGGAGGCCAGUCUGAUUGCACUGAAACUGGGGGGUCUGUCACUGGAAGGACGAGCACUUUCAGAGGAGGAGGGGACGUUCGUUAAGUCAGCGAUGGAGAAGGUGCAGAGCAGCUACCUGCGGUCGAUGCAGGAGCUGGGAGAGCUGCUAAGGAAGAGAGCAGAGACAAUGAGGAGCCUCAAGAUCUGAACCCCAUCCCCUCACCCACCUCACUCUCCAUGCGCCCCUCUUUAUCUGCUGCUAUCUCUGUAAUCCUUUCCUCUCUUGCUCUACCUCUGUAGU